UCGCGCAGCUCGACGGCACCCACGACUCUUUCCAACCCCUCUUUCCGUCUCUUUCUCUCUCACGUGAGCCCUCCAUCGCUCACUGCAGCCGUAAGCCGCAUCGGUCGAUCGAAACCAGGCACGGACAACUAAACCUCACAAGGUGUACCAACAACGAGAAAAUACUAUGUAUUCCAUCACAAAAAUGUUGAAUUUUGACCGUCGUCGGGACGACGGGUCGAUCUUCGCUUUUCUCCGUGACAGUGCUACAAUCUGAGCCUUGCGCUGCUUUUGACAUCCGCGGAUCUGCCAAUAAUAUCUCAACGAGAACUGCAGGAGGAGAGUGUAGGGUAGGAAGAACGGGCACGACGAGGACGCUCUGGGUAGACGUCGGACCUUGCGGACGUCGUCGACUACCCGAGACCAAUUAUAUUUCGAAUGAUACAAAAGACCAUAGACCCCACCAACGAAACCUGGGACCGUCGACGUCCUCGUCGCCGAAGACGUCGAACAUGUCCAAAAUUGGGCCUUUGAUGAAAGGUGUUUUCUGCCUGAUCACCUUCUGCUUCCAUCAUGCCGCAGCCAGGUCGUAUGAUCCAAAACCGAGGCAGAUUUCCAACAAUGAGUACCCCAUGCGUGAACCCAUGGGUGAUGAUUACGAUUUUCCAGCGGACCCUGGGAAGCCUUUUCCUGGGACGCAGUUUGGCCCGAUGGGUCCUAUUGAUAGGGAUGACAUAAGGACGGGAAAGGAUAUCAGAAUGUCGAAGGAUGUGAGGAAUUUGGCGAGCGAUAGUGGAUCCACAGACCCAAUGUCGACAAGUGCUCCGGAGGCCAAAUUGAGAGAAUAUGCAAUCUUCACGGUGGAAUUCCACCGGGUGGAGACUCCUUUUGUCAUCGGCCUUUGGAUAUUCUUCGCGAGUCUUGCCAAAAUAGGAUUCCAUAUGGCGCCUAAAUUGAGUAGGAUUUUCCCCGAGUCUUGUCUGCUGAUUGCUGUCGGCGUUAUUGUGGGAUUUGUUUUAUCUCAUGCCUAUACCAUCGGCGAAUCGCCAUUGACACCAGACACAUUCUUUCUAUAUAUGCUACCACCGAUAAUUUUGGAUGCUGGAUAUUUUAUGCCAAAUCGACUCUUUUUCGACCAUCUUGGAACGAUACUACUGUUCGCUGUCCUAGGAACUAUAUUUAAUACUUUGUCAAUAGGAGGAACUUUAUGGGCUUUGGGACAAUUCGGCUUGUAUGGCGCUAUCGAGACACCACUCCUGGAUAUGUUUCUAUUUUCGGCCUUGAUCAGUGCAGUUGAUCCUGUCGCUGUUUUGGCAGUCUUUGAAGAAAUCCACGUUAACGAAAUUCUCUACAUUGUUGUAUUUGGCGAAAGUCUUUUAAAUGACGCAGUCACAGUUGUACUUUAUCACAUGUUCGAGGCCUACAGCGAAAUGGGAAUACAUAGAAUCAAUUACACGCACAUUUUAUCUAGCCUGGCAAACUUCCUCAUCGUAGCCAUUGGUGGUACGAUAAUUGGUGUAAUCUGGGGAUUCGCCACUGGUUUCGUAACUAGAUUUACGCAUCAAGUGCGUGUCAUCGAACCAAUCUUCAUUUUCAUCAUGGCUUACUUAGCCUAUCUUAAUGCUGAAAUAUUCCACAUGUCCGGAAUUCUAGCUAUCACAUUCUGCGGUAUCACCAUGAAAAACUACGUCGAGGCCAAUAUAUCGCACAAGUCCCACACCACUGUAAAAUAUACAAUGAAGAUGCUCUCCAGCAGUUCGGAAACGAUUAUAUUCAUGUUCCUCGGCGUGGCAACUGUGAACAAUCACCAUGACUGGAACACUUGGUUCAUAGUGAUGACCAUACUUUUUUGUUCCAUUUACAGGAUUAUUGGUGUGAUCGUUUUGUCUGCCUUGGCGAAUCAAUUUCGUUUGCACAAGUUGGAUAAGGUUGAAAAAUUCGUCAUGUCCUACGGCGGUUUGCGAGGUGCUGUGGCCUUCGCGUUGGUUCUAUUGAUCGAUCCGACGCACGUGAAACUCAAAAAUAUGUUUGUUACCACUACUAUCGCAGUCAUAUACUUCACAGUCUUCAUUCAGGGAAUCACCAUCAAGCCUCUUGUCAAGAUCCUCAAUGUUAAAAGAGCAGAGAGGAGGAAACCUACUAUGAACGAAAGAAUUCACGAAAGGAUUAUGGAUCAUACGAUGGCCGGGAUCGAAGACAUUCUAGGAAAGCACGGGAAUUACCAUGUCAGGGACAAGUUCAAACGCUUUGACACCAAAUUCAUUCGUCCCUAUCUUGUGAGGGACCAUUGUGGUGCUGAACCAAAGAUUCUGGAGACGUACUCCAAAUUAGCUAUGAAGGACGCCCUUGAUUAUAUCAGGAGGAAUGCUUCAACAAUUGGAAACAUAAGUGGCACCGAAAGCAUGUCUGCAAUAUUCAGGAAUUACAGCAAUACUGGCCAAUUUAAUGCCAGCCCGAGUUGCAGCCAGCUGGAAGCUGGCUGGAACAUCGAUCUUCAGGAGUUGGAAUACAAUCCCUCUAAGAAGGAUCUAACUGAUGCAAGAAUACAUCAUCUCCUUGCAGAGGAACUGUGCAAGCCUUAUAAACGCAGAAAUCGAGAGCCUUCGAAAUUGCAGCAUCGUCGACUGAGCUACAGUCGACACGCCGUUGAUGAUCGAGAUCUCUCGAGUCAAGUCAAUUACAAGAUGCACAUGAAUAUCAGGCGAAUGGUGGGGGAGAACAAACAUCGUCACAAACGCAGCAAAAAAUUGCUCAAGACGUGCACAGAUGGUACCCAAGUGACGGUUCACGUGCACAGAUGGGAGACUCCCAACUGUGCACGUAGAAAUGUAGAGGUGAACAGAUAG